CUCCAUCCGACAGCACCCGUUCCCGGUGACCCUGCGCCCUCCCAGCUCCUGGCUCGAGAUAUGUGCGCCCUGGGGACACGGGCCGCUGUCGCAGGGAGCCUAGGGCGUACGCAGGAGCGAAGCCUGGUCCUUCAAAGACCACCGCAGAGCUCUGGAAGUGGAGCUAGGGGCUGUCCCGCUCUCGGGAAGGGGGGCACCGGGAGGCCGGGCCCUGCUCCUCCCCCUCCUAUCGGUCCGGGCUCGCUGGCUCCAGCGUGGCCUCAGGAUCGCGGGUGGACUGGGCAGGGGAAGAAGCACCCACCCUCCGCGACGGUUCCCAGAGCUCCCGCCAGGGGGCGUCCGGACCGCUCUCGGACUCCUCGGCAAAAUCACUGCGGGGCGCGAGCAGCCCCCGCUGGGGUGCGACGAGGCCCCCUGCGUGGCCCUCCACCCAACCCGACCCCCUGCCCCAAGGGUGCAGCGCCACACCCUGACAGCGUUUACGCAGCGUGUCCCUCCCAAAGGCCGUAACCUAGAGGUGUUUGUGCGGGUUUGAAUCCUGUGGCCUCGAAUUUUACCACCUUGGUUCCAGGCCCAGGGCAAGGCAAUGCCGAAUUUAGGACGCUUCCCAGCCCUUCGGGAACUGGAGCCCCUGACCACUUGUUCUCAUUGCCAAACUGGCCCAUCCUAGGCUGAUUAGGGUCCUCCUCCUGCAGGAAGCCCUCUGUGACCAGCCCAGCUUGCUGUAACCAUGGCUCUCCACUGCGGCCUACAACGUGGGAGGUUGUUACUUGAGCUCCCAUGACAGGUGGACUUCGGUUCCGCAAAGCAAGGCCAUGCUCCCCUGGAGGCAUUCACUUAAGGAUGCCCACCGCCGCCACCCAGUGAGGAGGGGGCCGCAGCCCUGGCGUGAAGCUCCUCCCAGCAGCCCGGCACCUGCCCUGACCGCCCAGGAGGCCCCUCAGCCUGCCACCGGCCCCAGACCUCCCCGCUGCGGUGUGCCUGACCCGCCGGACGGGCCGAGCGCCCACAACCGACAAAAGCGGUUCGUGCUGUCAGGCGGGCGCUGGGAGAAGACGGACCUCACCUACAGGAUCCUCCGGUUCCCAUGGCAGCUGGUGCGGGAACAGGUGCGGCAGACGGUGGCAGAGGCCCUACAGGUAUGGAGUGAUGUGACGCCACUCACCUUUACCGAGGUGCACGAGGGCCACGCUGACAUCAUGAUCGACUUCACCAGGUACUGGCAUGGGGACAACCUGCCGUUUGAUGGACCUGGGGGCAUCCUGGCCCACGCCUUCUUCCCCAAGACCCACCGAGAAGGGGAUGUCCACUUCGACUAUGACGAGACCUGGACAAUCGGGGACAACCAGGGCACAGACCUCCUGCAGGUGGCAGCCCACGAAUUUGGCCAUGUGCUCGGGCUGCAGCACACUACAGCUGCUAAGGCCCUCAUGUCCCCUUUCUACACCUUCCGAUACCCGCUGAGCCUCAGCCCGGAUGACCGCAGGGGCAUCCAGCACCUCUACGGCCGGCCUCGGCUAGCCCCCACCUCUAGGCCCCCAGACCUGGGCCCCGGGGCCGGGGUGGACACCAACGAGAUUGCACCACUGGAGCCAGACGCCCCACCAGAUGCCUGCCAGGUCUCCUUUGAUGCGGUCGCCACCAUCCGUGGCGAACUCUUCUUCUUCAAGGCAGGCUUUGUAUGGCGGCUGCGCGGGGGCCGGCUGCAGCCUGGCUACCCUGCGCUGGCCUCACGCCACUGGCAGGGGCUGCCCACUUCCGUGGAUGCAGCCUUCGAGGAUGCCCAGGGCCACAUCUGGUUCUUCCAAGGAGCUCAAUACUGGGUAUACGAUGGUGAGAAGCCAGUCCUGGGCCCCGCGCCCCUCUCUGAGCUGGGCCUGCUGGGGUCCCUGGUCCACGCCGCCCUGGUCUGGGGCCCUGAGAAGAACAAGAUCUACUUCUUCCAAGGCGGAGACUACUGGCGCUUCCACCCCAGCACCCACCGUGUGGACAGCCCCGUGCCCCGCCGGGCCACUGACUGGCGAGGGGUGCCCUCUGAGAUCGACGCUGCCUUCCAGGAUGCUGACGGCUAUGCCUACUUCCUGCGCGGCCGCCUCUACUGGAAGUUUGACCCUGUGAAGGUGAAGGUCCUGGAGGGCUUCCCCCGCCUCGUGGGCCCCGACUUCUUUGGGUGUACCGAGCCUGCUAAUACUUUCCGCUAACCACAGCUUGGAUGUCCUCAGGGCCCCUAAUCCCUGCCAGGACACUGACAUCGGCUGGAGACCAUGGCCAUCUUUGUGGCUGUGGGUACUG